UUUAAGAUGGGUGUUGUUUUUUGUUCUAUCGCUUGAAGUGGCAAAAACACACAAAGAAGUAUUUAUUUUACAAAAGCUGUAAUUCGCAUAAUAUACCUCGCUUUUGCUGGAGCCCCGUUUCAUCUCUUCUUUCUGUAUAGAUUCAUUUUGGUCAAGGCUUUUCGCGUGACCGGUGCAAUAGUACUAGCACACUGCUGAUGGAGGGCAGAGGCCGUUAGCCACCGGGACCGCUCUCUGCGUCUUGUGCUGUGUGUGUGUGAGUCGGGUCUGGACUCGCAAACAGUUCGGUGAGUGUGUGGGGGGACCGGGGACCCCUGGCUCAUCCCCUAGUCCCGAAACGAUGGGGUGCGGGCUGAGGAAGCUGGAGGAUCCGGAGGAUAGCAGUCCAGGGAAGAUUUACUCCACACUAAAGAGACCGCAAGUCGAGACCAAGACCAACACGGUGUACGAAUACACAAUGCUGGAUUUCACACUGGAAGGUUCAUCAAACCCGGCUGUGCUCCGAAUCGGCUCCCUGCAGGAUCUCCCCAGUGAGUUAGAGCAGUAUUACAGGAAGGGAUUUGUCCUGACCACCUUCCACCCAAUCGUCCUGUCUGUGGGGCGGAGACGGCAGCUGCCAAUCAGCCUGCUGUACCGUGCUGUGCUGGCCCGCCCCCAACCCAGCUCCAAGCACGCCAGCCCUGCAGGCCACAGCGCCCCCCGGCUGCUGGUGGAGGAGUGGCCACAGCCCGGAGACAUGCUGAGCAGCGACGUGAUGAGGGGCCUGCUGGACAAGGUGAAUGGCUGUGCCCAGCGAGGGCUGCGAUUCCUGGGCUUUGUGCCCCAGCAGGGAGGGAGCGCAAUGCGGAGCUGCAAUGGAGGGGGUUCCUGCAGCCGGGGGUCCCCCAGCGGACUGUCCUGUGAGAGCGGCAUCGAGGACGAGACACCCCCUGAGUGCGGAGGCUUCAAUGAGGGGGGGAGCAGCCCCCAGCCCUCACCCCGCAGGGAGGAGACCAAGCUGUUUGCCCUGUUCCACUCCUGGGAUUCUUCCUACCCUGCUUGGCUGGCUCGGGAUGAGGAUGCACCAUCCUGGACCUACCACCAGGGGGCGCUCUCCAUGAAGGUGACACGCAAAGGGCAGGCCAUCAGCACGCUGGAAGCUGAUUGGCUGGAGCUCACCACCGCAUACUACAAGAAGGGCUGGUCAUUGGCAGAUUCCUUUGUGUACUGGGAGAUGCCCAAAGGAGAGCCGGUGCCCAGGUCUCUGGAGGGUCUGUUUGUGUAUGAGGAGCAAGCUGCCUCCACAGCGCCCCCUACAGGCAAUGACACCAUCAUAGUGGAGCAGUGGACUGUCAUCGAGGGCUGUGAUGUCAAGUCAGAUUACGGACCCCUGGUUCACACCCUGGCAGAGUUUGGUUGGCUCCUGACCUGUGUGCUCCCCACCCCCCUAAUCCGCCAUGACAGCGAGGGAAACCUGGCCACCAAGCAGGUGGUGUUCUUGCAGAGAGCCAUACGAGACCCCGCCCCAUCCGAGAAGCAUGCCCCCUGCUCCCCGCACAGAGAGGAUGACGGCGUGCACAUGGAGAGCCGAGGGGUGGGCGGGGCCAGGCGCGAUGACCUCACAGGGGGCUUCCCAAGGUUUGGGGGGUACCCCAGCGCGCUGAGAGACCUGGAGGAGGGGGGCUUUGAGCAGGAGGAGGGGGCUGCAGAGGUCACCUGCAUGUGAGGCAUCAACAUUGCAUUGGGGCUGCUGCAGCCACAGGCUGGCUAGAGAUUGGCUUUAUGGAGUAAAUGAGAGCCAGUACCUUUGUGCUUUCUCUGCAGUAUAUAAAGGACAGCUUUUCAAAGGGGAGAACCAGGUCCCAGUCCAUACACAGCCUUGGUCUGGACAGGCUGGUGCUGUGUGAGGAGCUCCAUUGGGAUAUACUGGAUACCUCCAACCCAGGACACCCCUGUACCUUCUCCCCUGUGCCCUUCAUGUGAGGACCACUGAUACUGCCCCUGUACUGGGCAGGACUGAUUAUACUGUAUGUAUUGAUGCAUUUUCAGAAGAGACGGGGAAAAAGUUAUUCAGACAUUGCCGUGGCUAAAAUAGCUUCUCCCCUUCAUGACAAAAAGCAGGAUGUCAGUCACAUGGCAGGAUGCAGGAUGUAUAUCUGACAUUUUCAAAAACAUGGGUUUGAGAAGAAGAGGAAGACAUGGGCUGCCUUUUAAAAGAUGGGGUUUGAGCGUGAGAUGCAGAGCACGGUUUAAAACUGGUUUAAGGUGUUCGUGGUGUUUUUUAGUCUCUAAUUGGAUGUAUAACUUCAAACACCAAAUGCCACCUGGCGGACCAUUGUUCUAACUGCAACCCUCACCGUUGACUGGAUUUCCCCACAAUGUUCUGUAGCUGCACUCGGAUGCUUUCUUUCAUUUAUCUGAACACCUGCUGAUUCCCAGUUAAUUUGCUUUUACUCCACAGCGCAAGCUGGACAAUAAACUGCCACCGAUACCAUAGAAGAAUUGAGAAAUGACCUGGAAUGGCCAUUUACUGAUUCUGACGUUGGUAUGGUAUGUUUCUCCCUGGAGAGUACCGGAGACCUCGUCUAUUAGCUUAAUCUCUUCCUUUUCAUGACUGUUUUUCAUAUAUGAUUUGACUUUGUUAACAGGAUUUCCAUUAGAAUAAUAUAAAAAAAUAUUGUAACUUUUGGGAGUUUGUAGCAGUAAUAUUUUGUAUUCAGAAGUUGUUUCUGUUCUUAUGUUAAUAACCCUCUUUGCAUAUUAAAAUUAGAUGAUUUUAUUCAUAACGAGUGCACAGUUCACUGUCCACC